UUCGGCAGGAUUUGUUAUUUCUGUAUAACAAUAAAUCGGCAACGAAGUUGGCUCUUACAAUUGGUUGCAAUAUGAAAGAAUGUUGAUUUUCCCCAAAUUUUCGUGUGUGGUCAAGGGGAUUUCCUUAUUAUUACAUGAUAAUCGACUAGGGGGAAACGGUAGGCUAGAGCACGUGGACUGUGUAGUUUGAUGGGAUGGCACGCCCCUGGAAUACCAUGACAGAUGAUUGGUGGAGCGGCUUUACGAUGAACGCACUAAUGGCACCCGGAGUGCAUAGUCGGGCAAGGCGCGGAGCAUCCUAUCGGAAAAGAUACCACUGUCCGUGUCUAUGACAUUUUUAAUCUAAAGUGGUUAAAAUAGUAUUUUCAACGGGUGCAUGGGAAGAAUUCGCGUUGGAGAGCAAGUCUCCCGAAGUCCAGCAUAUAGACACCAAGCAUAGAGGCCGAUGCAGUAGUCUGUCGCCAUGGCCUCAGAUGCAAGUCACAUGUUGGAGGCGGCCUUGGAGCAAAUGGAUGACAUCAUUGCAGGCUCCAAGGCUGCAGCCGAGUACACCAACGGCCUGUUUGAGCUGGGCUCCCCGGGCAGCGCAGGGCCCCUGCAGGUGCUGCAGCUGGUUGAGGACCUGAGGCUGGCCCUGGAGCUGCAGCCCAGAGAGGAGGAGAGGGACACCCUGAGGGCCCAGGUCCCCAGCAGCACCGCUCACAUGCUCAUGGACUGGCUGGACAUAGACAGAUGCUCAGAAAGGGUCUCGGUUAACCUCUGCUCCCCGGUGAACAAUGAGAGCUAUCAGGAGCGGCUGGUUCGCUUAGAGGGGGACAAAGAGUCUCUGGUGCUCCAGGUGAGCGUGCUCACAGACCAAGUGGAGGCCCAGGGAGAGAAGAUCCGAGACCUGGAGACCUCUCUGGAGGAGCACUACCACAAACUCAACUCCACUGAGGAAAUGCUACAGCAGGAGCUGCUGAGCCGGACCUCAUUGGAGACCCAGAAACUGGAUCUAAUGGAUGAGGUUUCCUACCUGAAACUGAAGCUGGUCGACAUGGACGAGGAACAGAACCACAACGACAGCAGCGAGGACCAGCAGAACAAAGCUGAGUGUGUGGUAAAUCUGAUUAGCGAGCUCCAGGAGCAGAUGUGUAGGUUUCAGGAGGAGAUCCAUACCCGGAUCAUGGAGAAACGGGCCAUGGAGGCCCAGGGGGAGAGUGGUGCCCGCAAGGCCUACGACCAGUGCCCCGACGUGGGCUUGGUUGGCUCUGACGUGGAGGAGUUUUGCUGUCGCUGUGGAGGACAGAAUGGCUUCCUGCAAGAACUCCGGUUUCUCAAGAGUAAAGUGGAUGAGCUGGAGGGGGAGAAAUUGCAGUAUGAGAAAAAACUAAAGGCCACAAAGGCAGAGAUAGCAGACCUACAGCAGAUGCUGGCCUCCAAAGACUCUGCGAUUGAGGGCCUACAGAGCCAGCUGGUCUCCAGAGGCCCAAUGACCAAUGAGAACCCAGAGAGAGACCAAGAAUUGCAAAGGUUGAAAAUGGGGAUGGAGUCUUUGGUAGCAACUAACUAUGAGAAAGACCGUCACAUAGAGGAGCUGACUGUUCUCCUGGGCCAGUACAGGAAGAUGAAGGAGGUGAUGGCCCUCACUCAAGUGUCCAGUGAGAAGCUCCUGGUUGGGAGCAGUGAGGAGGAACUGAGUGGGAGUCUGAAGAUGAGGGCUAUCACCCAUAAAGCUCAUUCACAUAUCAUCCGGUCAGCGAUGUCUUCUAGAGGCUCCUCUCCCCUGUUAGUGUCUCCCUCGUCCUUCCAGAAAGAGCUGGACUCCAGCUGCCGCAGUAUCCAGACCUCCCUGAAGACGUCGAUGGUGAUGGUCUCCCAGAGUGAUGCUGGCUGCUACUACAACGGAGAAUGGUCCCAACCACGGAUGCUUUCAAGUAGCCUGGAGGAGUUACAAAGUGGAUCGUUACCAAAGCAUGUAGUGGUGGGUCAACCAGUUGAACCGGUUUCAGAGAAUCAGCACAUGGAAAUGAACAAAUAUCAGACCCUACCAGGGAAGCUGUCUCGACCUGACAUGAAUGGGGAUCGAGAGCAGUAUUCUACACCAGACCAGCUGUCCCCUGACGAUAGCGAGGACAGUGAGUUCCACCUAAGAAAGUCGGAGAGACUGGAUGAGUCCACGCUGUCAGACUUGUCUCCCCUGUCGUCUGGAGUGGACUCAGGACAGCAGUCCCCUGUCUCUCCAGAGAACAAGAAAAACCACCGGGGCAUCAAGAAGCUCUGGGGAAAGAUAAGGAAGACCCAGUCUGGCAGCCUGCAGGGAGAGGACCUUGAGCCUGGAGAGUUUAAGAGGGGGGGACUGAGAGCCACCGCCGGCCCUCGCCUGGCCCGGGCCGGAGAGACAUUGACCUCUGUGCGGGAUCUGAAGACGCCCUUCUCCAAGUGGACUCCGGAGCAGGUGUGUUGCUGGCUGGAAGAGUAUGGGCUGGGCCAGUAUGUGAUUCUGGCCCGACACUGGGCCGACAGCGGGCAAACUCUCCUCUCUGCCUCACCACAGGAUUUAGAGAAGGAGAUGGGGAUUAAGAAUCCACUGCACAGAAAGAAGCUGCAGUUGGCCCUGAAGUCGUUCAGCACCAAACUGACAGAGAAAUCAUCUGAACUGGACCACAUCUGGGUCACACGUUGGCUUGAUGAUAUUGGUUUACCUCAGUACAAGGAUCAGUUUCACCAGGGAAGGGUAGACGGCAGAAUGCUUCAGUACUUGACAGUGAACAACCUCUUGUUCCUGAAAGUGACCAGUCAGCUCCAUCACCUCAGUGUGAAGUGUGCUAUCCACGUCCUCCACGUCAACAAGUUCAACCCCAACUGCCUGAAGAGAAGGCCUGGGGAUGAGAACAAGACGUCUCCCUCUGAGGUGGUUCAGUGGUCUAACCACAGGGUGAUGGAGUGGCUUCGCUCGGUGGACCUGGCGGAGUACGCUCCCAACCUGAGGGGCAGCGGGGUGCACGGGGGCCUUAUCAUUCUGGAGCCUCGUUUUAACUCAGACACCCUGGCCAUGCUGCUAAACAUCCCCCCUCAGAAGACCCUGCUGCGACGCCACCUGGCCACCAACUUCAACAUGCUGGUGGGCUCCCAGGCUCAGCAGGAGAAGAGGGAGUUCAUGGAGUCGUCUGGCUACACUCCCCUCAGCACCACAGCCAAAGUCAGGCCAAAGAAGUUGGGCUUCUCUAACUUUGGCCACCUGAGGAAGAAGAGAUGUGACGACUCGACUGACUACAUCUGCCCCCUGGAGGCGGCCCAGGCCCAGGCUCAGCUCCAGGCGGUGGUGAACGGGGCCCACCGGCCCUACUCCGGCUUCAGGGGCCUCAGCCCAAUCCUGGACAGAGACCCAGACAGACGAGAGCAGCCCUCAUCAAUGCUUCGGAUCAUCAUGAUUGGCCCAUUGUAUGCAAGAUGGAGGAGUGCAUGUUGGAACAGGACUAUCCCACCAUGCACCUUGGGGGCAGGGGCUCAACCAUCUGCAGAUGGCGGUGACAGAGGGGACCGUACUGCAGAUAGAAGCUCUUUCUGAGGGAAUAAACCAACUCACAGUAAGUAGUUCAUCAAUCCGUCUCAUUCAACAAGCUUUUUGACAGUACUGUAAAUAAUGAAUAAACUAACCAGUUAACAAAGCAUUUUCUGUUAAGCUGUUAACACUGGUGUAGGAUGCACCCCCGCAGCGCCCACAAGCUCUGGGAUCCCCCUGGAGGUAUUGCAAAUAUUUCUCCCUGCCCCGUGGUAGAAUGUCAGGAAGUUAGCUGCCUUGCUCAGACUUUGCGGGUGGGGCCUCGCAAAACUGCGCUACGCCACUUGCUGUUAUGUUUUGUAUUUCUCCUCAAUGCUACAGUGCUAUGUUGUUCUUAUAUUUCCUGACAGUGGAGGUUUCAACUGAAUAAACCGGUUUCGACAAGUAGAUUUUAAAGUUAGGGACAUUACUCUAAAGCCUUUAACUGACAAACAUUGCAGAAUAAUGCUUCCUGCUAACCCCAGCCCUUGGCCCUUCUUGCUUUCAGUAUUUGCUAAGCCGAGACGAAGUUCUGAAGGAGAUGAGACGGGCUCAAACAGCACUAGUCUGAGAGGACGCUACGCUGGCCACACUAAUUAACGCAGCCAAUCAACCAAGGGAAACCUCUAUCUGCCUCAUACCUCAACCUAACCUCAAUGCAGGAGGCUUUACCAGCAAUCUCAACUGGCCAUACCCCUUACCUCAUCAUAAUACAGGACUAUAAUGAAUACUACUUCUGUAUUAGUGACACGAACACAAUGAACGGUGAAGGAAUUCUGUUUUACAUGCGUCAUUGGUGUGUAGCUCUUCCCCAAACUAGAGUAAAUAGCAUGUGUUUUGUAUUUUUGGUGAAAGGUAUAGGCCUACAACAUGCCACUUGAGCUUUUAGGACAUGCUUUUCCCCUAUGCAAUCUAGCCUGUAAGAUUGCACACACUGUAUUAUUUUGUACUAUUUUACUACUUUUUUGAUUAGGGUCGUUCCACUAAAUUAUUCCCUUUUGGGUAGUUUAAUGUGGUUAAAAAAUAUAUAUAUAUUUUAACAUUCUGUCAUGAAGAGCACAUGUUCAACUUAAGAAAAAAAUAUGUUUUCCCAUCUCAAGAGGUUAAAUGAAGAAAAAAAAGAUAAUAGCAAGUGCCUAUUGAGUGGCAAAUAAAGUAACCGGGUUUAUUUAAACAGGGUUGACGAUUUCAUCUUAAAUCAGCCAUAAAUCCUCUUGUGAGAGGGGAGGGGUCAAAUGAAUGCAAGCUUCAAAAAAGGAAAUUGUUAAAACAUUUCUAGCCUGUCUAUCUAUGGGUGACAGGGUUGACGUGUUAUGCUCGACCUACAAGAGUGGAACCAGCUCGCCUGCUUUUACACUAUGAUUUGACUUUAAGAUGUUCAAUGUUUCUCCUUUUUUUUAUGUUCCAAAAGGAAUAGUUUCACCAUAUUACAACGAGAGUUCAGUUCACGUAACAGGGUUGACCUUAAAAUGAGGGACAUUUCUUUCUUUCUUUUUUUACCUUAAAAUAAAUCACAAAUCUCAUGAAUUAAAUAAUAAUAUUCAGAAAUUACUUUGACAAAGCAACAAAAUAACUAGGGCUUUCAAUGAAGGUGAAAACUUGGAGAAAUGUUGGGGUUAAGUGGGUUAAAAUCAGAGGGACAUGUCAAAAUGCAGAAUUUUGGCACUUUAGCAAGUCUUUAGGCAUAUUUAAAACCAGAUGCAUUGAAUUAUCAAUGUGGUCUAUAUUAAAGGGCACUUAAUUUAAUAUAACAGUCUUUUAAAAUGCCAUAUUUAUGCACAAUUUCUUCUUAAAAUAUCAAAAGGAUGCAAAAGGGACUAAUUUCAUGGAACAACCCAUUACCUGGACACAUCCAUGAUGCAAACAAGGCACUAAGACAUACUGCAAACAAACACACCAACACUUAAUACAGCUAAUUUGUAUAUGACCAAUAAGAAACAGUUUUUUUCUAUGUUUCAACACAUAAUUCGCAUAUAAUUGCAUAGGCAGAUGUAGUCCUUUAAGUAAGUCCCUUUAACAGUCACCAGAAUGGAGGAUCGCUUCUGUAAGAGAGGAAAUACUAAGGGAAGCCUGUGUUAGGUAGCCCGGUGAAGUGUCCAAGCCCUGGUAUAACCUGUACAGUAUGAGGAUCCUAUUGCAGGUUAAUCUGCAUCAACCCAGCACAUCACAAUAUCUCACUAGGGUUUCAGAGAGGAGAGAGGGGCUGGAGCUGUUCCAAACAUCAAAGGCAGACCCAUACUGGUCAUAAGGGAAACCACCCUCUGACCUAAUCCUGUAGACAUGGGGAAGAUAGAGAGCAAACAACCAGCCCUGGACAUUCCCAAGAUAAUCUCAACCUGGUGGGAGAAGCCACCAGCCUCGACCAUGACCAUUCCCAACAUGAACUUCAAUUUCUCAACCCUGUGGGGGAGGAGAGAGAGCAAGCCACUAGCCCCGGACAUACCCAGUGUAUUAUCCACCCUGUGGAGAAUCCUCAACAAGCCCAACGAUUUUGUCCCUCUAUCCAAAUACUGUGUGGGGAUAGCUGCCGCCAGGACCCAGGAGUACCUCCUGUUUCGCGGGACCCAGAGGACAUGUUCCAGCCCCACAGCCCUCAACGAGAUCUUCCUAAUAACCUACAUUACCCAGAGCAGCCACUUCCACAUGACCGACUCCUCCAACUGCACCGCAAUGACAAAGCAGCAGGGCAUCUUUCUGGGUGCUGACUGGGUGUGGACUGUGCUGGAGAGGCCCACCAAGAACCCCCACAUCUAGAUCGCCGUGCAGAUCCUGCACCUGACUGAGAGGGGGGAGGGACGGCAGAGGACUCCCCCCCCCCCCCGGAGGUAUAUACUGAAUCCAUGCAAGAUGGCCAAGACGGAGUCUGCUAAUAGGAACAAGGCAGAGAGGAUGGUGGAUUUUUGCGUCUCCAUCGGUAAUGACUGCUACUCCCUCUUUCUCCUAUUUGGCCGCAAGGCACCGGCAACAUCUAUGGGGUGCUGAGCAACAAAUGUCACAAUGCUAUAGGAAGACUAAGGACAACCGGGCACUCAUUGAGAAUUUCUUUAAAAGGGUCCAGGUUCUUACAUACGCCCACAGGAACGCUACAGGCUUCCGUCACCAAGAGAGACAGUGACCCUUUAACUCUGCUCAUCAAGUUUACUUGACCAGUAUGAUCGAUGACCGUGCAACCAUUUGUCACAUUUCUCUGUGUCUACUGUAGUGUUUCAAAUGGGGGGGAAGGACAGUUGUGCUUGGUGGGUUUAUGCUUGCCUGGGACUCGGGGACCCAGUGUGCUGAAAUUGGCCUAUGUCCAUGUCUCAUGUGUAAACUACUGACCCAUGCCUGCUGACAGCUGCUCACACCCCUUGUGUUUAGUAUUUAUUUUAAUGGGCUUAACAUUUCACUGGCAACGCACCAGUGUGGGAUUUCUCUUAUCACUACCAAAUGACAUUAAAACCUUUCUACAGCUUACAAUACAGCAAAUAUGAUUUGCCAUAAAAUAUUUUUGUAUUUUCUAUGAUGGAUUUAAUGACUGAUCACAUUGUGAUAUCUUCACCCAUAACAUGAUUCUAAGUCAGUGACUGUUCAUUUGAUUAAGGUGGAUUCUUUUUUGUUAAAAGUAGUAAAACAAAAAUCAAAAAAAGAGGAUGGAGUUGGAAAAUAAAUAAAAUAUGUAUUUCUGGA